UUUUUCCUUGCCAUUGUAGAACAAGAACAGGGGUACAACCUAAAAUGGAAAAUCGAAACGUGCAGAAAACACUGUGUGAUAUGAAAACAGAUCUGAACUUACUGCUUGAAUGCCUUAAAUACCAGAUGGACUGCCCUUUAUCUCAGAAAGAGGCUUUGAUCACUAUUUAUUCAAUUUGUCAACAAAACAGUGAAGCAAGUGAAUAUUUUCGAGAAAUUGGUGGUUUGAGGUUUAUAAAUGAUCUUGCAAAGUCAAGUGUCCAUUGCAUAGUAAAGGAAGCAGCUUUAUUUACGUUAGGAAUUAUAAUGGAGAGUAAUGUUUACUGUCAACAAUCUUUAUGUACUUCUGCAUUGUUUGAGGACCUCAUUUUAUUUUUAAUUAAUAAGGAUUCUGGUGUGAACUUGAAAAGAAUGUCUGUUUAUGUCAUCUUAGUACUGGUUUCAAAUAACAAAUAUGGGCAAACUUACGUCAGAGAAACAGGCUGCAUUGGUCUUCUGCUACAGUUAUUCAGAACAACUCUUUCCACAUCUGAGAUGAAUCUGUCAGAUGAAAAUACUUAUCAGUGCUAUCAACUGUGGUCUUCAGUCUGCAGUACUCUCUGUGCCUGCGUUAACAAUCCUCAGAACGAAGAUAAUCAAAGCAUUUGCUGUGCAGUUUUUCCAUAUGCAAAAGAAUGGCUAGAAAGUUGCACAGAGCCUGAGAUAGUUCGUCCUAUUUGUUCGUUUGUUGGCCUCACAGUUGCAAAUAACUCCACUGUGCAGAAAUACUUUGUUUCUGUUGGAGGACUGGAUACCUUAGCUAAAGUUCUCAUCAAGUUGAUGCAUGAUUCCUGUAUGAGUCACUCCAGCACAAAACUUGCAGUAGUAGUAACAAAGACUCUGGAUGCCUGCAUUGCUAAUGACUCUGCCAUGGGUGGUGCUUUGGUGAAGUAUCACACUGUGUCAGAGCUACUGAACCUGCUGUCUAAUGACACUUUGGAUACAGGAGAAAAAAUUAGUAUUAUUCUAACAAUUGGACAUUGUACUGAGGUUUGUGAAGAAAAUCAAUAUGAACUGCUUAAGAACAAUGGUCUUCCACUUAUGAUUCAGGUACUAACUGAGUCUCAAGAUGAGGAACUAAACAAAGCUGCUACUUUUGUGCUGCAAAACUGCAAACAAAUGACUGAACAAUUGUCCCUGAAAAUCAAUGAGAGUUCAUUAAAUGAGAAGAAUGCAGAUGAGUUGGAAGCAGACAUGCAAAUCAGAGAAAGAAGUCUACAGGACUACUGGAAGAAAGCAAAAGAAAUUUUACACAGAAUAAAAUUGAUUGAAAAAGAACAUGAUGAGGAAAGAGUGCAAGGAAGAGUAUUUGUUGAUAGACCUUCAGAAAACAGUGUUGAAGCAUCAAAAUACCCCAAAGUGAAUCCUAGUGGUCCAGAAACAUAUAUAGAAAGAACACAUAAAGAAAUACGUUAUCCACGAUUAACGUCUAAUUUGGAUGGUCCGGUUCUUGCUCUAGCUGUGAAUUCUCCCCUGAAAAAUGAAACAGUGAAUGCUAUGAAUCCAGUAAACACUUCUACUAGAAAAAGUGAACAGAAUGAUAUUCCACGGCCAGUUUGUGAAGUGCAGACAGACAGUGUACUUCAAAGUCAUCGUAAGUCGAGUGAAAAGAAAGGUGGUGAAAAAAGGCAGUCUGUUCUUCAAGUACAGAAAGGCUCAUUUAAACAACCAGCAAAGACUGUUAGAAAUAUGAAACAGGCGUGCACAUCAGACCACCAUUCAUUCUCAUCAGAGAUAACCAAGGAAGAAAAAAGUACCUUGACUACAACUGCAUCCCUUAAAAUGACAGAUUUAAGGUGUUUAGGUUGUACAACAGCAGGUCUGUCAUUCAAUAGUAAAACUUUUAGCAAGAUGCUGCGAAGUUGUCCAUACCUAUGCUAUCAUCACAAAGUCAUUCUGGAAGCUGAAGAAAGAUAUAAAAAGGAACUUAAGAAGUUGCCUGUUUCUAAUAACAGUAGAUAUGCAGCUUAUGAGAAAAUACUGCUGACCCCAAUAAAGAAAGGAAAAUCGCAUACAGAGACAUCAACUUUUAAGAGCAAAAAGGAUAAUUUCCAAAGUAUUCUUUUGACUCCGAUUAGAAAAAACAAAUCUGACACUUCCCAUAGAGAUGAACAUGAUAAAAAUACUCAGUUACCUGAAGAAUAUAACUUGCUACCAACAUAUGAAAAGUCUUUCCAAAAAAACCAGGAUGCUAACUUGAAGAGACAAUGUGUGAAAGAAAAGCACUGCCAGAAAUGUCAACAGUUAAAAGAAAAUUGUAUAUAUUCACUUGACGAAGAUGAGAACAAUGAGAGAGGCUCCCUGGAUAUAAACAUGAGAACUUUAAACAAGAAAAGAAGAAUCCGAAAAGAUUUCACAGAUGAAGAAAUUAAUUAUCUUUUAACUGGAGUAAAAGAAAUGGGUCAUCACUGGAAUUUGAUUUUGUGGUCCUAUCCAUUUCAGAAAGGACGGACAAACGUUGAUCUUUCCAGCAAAUACUACAAGUUGCAGAGGCAGGAAAAAAGCAAAAGUCAUCAAUAACAUCUUUCAAGAAUAUUUUCGAUUUUGAUGCGGAAAGUUGAAGAACAGCUUUAUUAACAGAGAGGUAUUACCACAAUGAUACAAGCCUUUUGAGAAUUUAGAUUGGUUUGAACUCAUGUUUUUCACUGCUAACAUUCAUUUACAGAAAUUGUUAUGCUUUGCAAAUUUCACUUAAAUGUAAUUAUUAA